AUGAGAGUUAAUUCUAUAUCAGGCGUUGUCGUCGCAGCCGCCAGCACAGUCGCAGCUCACGGCUAUAUUGAUCGAUGGACGAUCGCCGACAAGAAUUACACCGGAUACAACCCAAGUAUCGCGCCGUGGGUAUUCGAUCAAGGCAGUAUCAGCUGGAGAGCGUGGAAUACCGAUACAGGGCCUGUAUAUAGCAGCAACCUCAACACUUCGGACAUCAACUGCUCGAUCAACGCAACGAACGCUCAGAUAGAUGCGCUGCCCGUCGAGGCUGGUGGUGUUGUAAACUUGCACUGGACGGAGUUCCACGUUUCCCACCACGGUCCUAUUUUCUCGUACCUAGCUGCUUGCAACGGAGAUUGCGCAACGGUAGAUAAGACGCAGCUCAAAUGGUUCAAGAUCGCGGAAUUAGGUCAGACCUCGUAUGGUGUGGGCGGUGGCACUACAGGCGAGUGGGCAGUCGACAAGCUGCGCGCAAAUGAUGGCAACUGGGCUGUCACUAUCCCGUCCUCUAUCGUUGCUGGCAACUAUGUGUUCCGGAACGAGAUCCUCGCGCUCCAUUCAGCGUAUGAUGUUGGAGGUGCUCAGUUUUAUCCUCAGUGCGCCAAUAUUCGGAUUACUGGUAGUGGGAGUGUGGUUCCUUCUGGUGUAGUAGGAACAGAGCUCUAUGAUGAGAAUGAUCCAGGUGUGCAUUAUGGUAUCUAUAACGAUGAGGCGAAGCCGGUAUAUGUGCUGCCUGGGCCUCCGUUAUUUACUGGAUGA